AUGGAUGCCAAGGUAGAAACGUAUUACAGCGAAAUCUUCACCGAUCUCACAUUGGACGAAGAAGAGGCUCAAGAGCUGAUUGAUUACUUCACCACCUUGAAUCCUCCUCCUGACAAGUUGGUGUGGUUGCGCGCCACUGCCUUUCGUUUGGGAUGUGGGUUCCUGUCCGAAGAGCACGAGAAGAAUGUCUCGUUGAUUCGUGCUAUUAACGCCAUUAUUCACUGCCUUGAAAAGACCUGCAUGGUUCCCGCAACUGCGGAAGGCAAUGCCGACUUUGACGCCGAAGGUGCCGAAGCCAAGAUUCGCAGCAUUUACGAAGAUUUGUCGGUUGACAAUGCCGAGAACCAAGAUCUGUUUGAAUACUUUCAAGGAAACACACCGUCUGUUGAUAACUUGGUCUCUCUUCGAGCCACUGCUUUCAAGGCCGCCGUUGACUUUCUGAGCGACGACAAGGACAAGAAUGUUGAGCUCUUGCGUUGCAUCAAUGUCGUCGUUCAUGCCUUUGAACGUGUCUGUCUUCGUCCCAAGGAAUACAAACUCAAGUUGGCUCCUGAAUUCAAUUUGGAUGUCAGUCUCAGUGAUGCUGUCCAAGAAUUGUGGAAGCUGGAUGUCAAUCGCUUGACACCCGACCGUGACUACUCUAUCAACGUGCAAGGAGGCAAAAAGCCAUACUGGAAGGAAGACCAGGCCGAAGACCCCCUCUUUACCUCUGUCGACCGCCGUGCUCUUAACCGCCCCACUUACAAAACCUUUGUGGCCUUGUUGGAUAAUUACACAUCCCAAACGGGCCAGGCCGAGCGCGUCACCAGUUCUGAACGCAAGGAGAACUCGGAUUUCCUGAAUGCCAUUAUGCAAACAGCACCCAUGCAAUUUUGCCAUAAAUACCUCCACGCAAAGAUCCCCGACAAGGUUUCUUCCAGCCAAAAUGAAUUCAAAAAGUUGCUCAACAAGAUUUGGUUCGACUUGUACCGCCGUGCCGGAUCCUUGGACUCGAGUGGAUUUGAGCACGUCUUUGUUGGUGAGGUAAAGAAUGGAAAGAUUUCUGGAUUCCACAAUUGGAUCCAGUUGUGGAUGGAAGAACAAAAGGGUGAUCUUGACUACAGAGGCUACAUCAAGCCUCGGGGUCGUUCCGAGGCUGUCACCGAUUCGAAUGAUCACAUCUUGACCUUGCAAUUCUCUUGGCAUGGAGUCGAAAAGGCUGUUGGAACCAGUUUUAUUGGAGUCUCACCCGAGUUUGAAAUGGCGCUCUACAGCAUGUGCUUUUUGUUGGGAGAAGAAGACAAUCAAGUCUUCCUCAACACUGGUACGGAUGAAUUUGAAUUGAAUAUCAAGUGCUACACUUACAACGGUGACAAGAUUGGAACUGCAUUCCCUGAAGCAACCGCUCACUAUGACUAA